AUGUUCGCGCCUGCAGGCAAGCGCUGCUUCACCAUCGAGUCUCUAGUGGCCAAGGAGAACCCGCUGGCCGAAGAACCCAUCCGCCCCACGGCACUCAGCUACGCCGGUCCGGCCCCUGACGCCCUUAUGGGCGGCUACCAAGCGGCCGCCGCUCCAGGGGUGGCUGCAGCGGCUGCGGCUGCGGCUGUUGCACGCUCGCUCUACCCGAACCCAGCCGAGCUGGUGUUCCCCGAGUCGGUGAGCCACCCGCAGCUGGCCGUGGGCCCCCACUCGCACACCCACCAUCACCACCAUCACCACCAACAUCAGAACCAGCACUUGCAGCACCACGCACACUUCUUCGGCUCGGCGCAGCACCGAGACCCGCUCAAUUUUUACCCCUGGGUGCUCCGGAACCGCUUCUUUGGACACAGGUUUCAAGGUCAUGACGCGUCCCAGGACAGCCUGCUCCUCCACGGCCCGUUCGCCCGGAAGCCCAAACGGAUCCGAACCGCCUUCUCACCGUCGCAGCUGCUGCGCUUGGAGCGGGCCUUCGAGAAGAACCAUUACGUGGUGGGCGCCGAGCGGAAGCAACUGGCCGGUAGCCUAAACCUGUCCGAAACGCAGGUGAAGGUUUGGUUCCAAAACCGGCGGACCAAGUACAAGCGUCAGAAGCUGGAGGAGGACGGGCCGGAUGCCCAGCAAAAGAAGAAGGGCAACCACCACAUCAACAGGUGGCGUAUGGCCACCAAGCAGACCAGCUCCGAGGACAUUGACGUGACCUCGGAGGACUGA